AUGGUCAAAGUGACAAGCCAGGGAGCCAAUCAGAGAGCUAUCCUGCUGGCUGGGGGCCGGGCUUGCCGAGGCCCCAGGGGUGACCUGACCCAGCGGGGCCGGACAGGGCGCGCCGCCUCGCCCGGCAGGAGGGAAAGGGGCGGAGGCAGGAUGGGGUGGCUGCGCCCGCGGCUUGCUUUCGCCACAAGCGGUCUCUUUCUUCCUCGUCGCGCCGCCGCCGCCGCCAUGGCCCAGCUCCGCGCCUCUUCUUCCUCUUCCGCCACUGCCUUGGACUACCUGGUGCUGGGGGGCGGCUCGGGCGGGCUGGCUAGCGCUCGCCGCGCCGCGGAGCUCGGAGCCCGGGUGGCGGUGGUCGAGAAAGGGCGGCUUGGUGGGGUUUGUGUUAAUGUUGGAUGUGUGCCCAAAAAGGUGAUGUGGAAUACUGCCGUCCACUCUGAAUUUAUCCAUGAUCACAUGGAUUAUGGUUUUGAAAUAUCUACUGUAAAAUUUAAUUGGAGAGUAAUUAAAGAGAAACGUGAUGCUUAUGUGAAGCGCCUGAAUGAGAUCUAUCAAAAUAAUUUGAACAAGGCUCAUGUAGAAACCAUUCGUGGCCAUGCAUCAUUCACAGCUGAUCAUGAACCUACAGUUGAAGUUGAUGGUAAAAAAUAUACUGCACCCCACAUCCUGAUUGCUACUGGUGGGCACCCUUUGAUCCCUAGUGAAAGUGAGAUACCAGGGGCCAGCUUGGGAAUUAGUAGCGAUGGGUUCUUUGAACUUGAAGAGUUGCCUAAGCGUACUGUUGUGGUUGGAGCUGGCUACAUAGCUGUGGAGAUAGCUGGCAUCCUUUCAGCCUUAGGCUCCAAGACCUCCUUACUGAUACGCUUUGAUAGGGUGCUGAGAAACUUUGAUUCUAUGAUCAGUUCAAACUGCACUCAGGAGUUGGAGAACAGUGGCGUGGAAGUCUGGAAACAUUCAUGGGUUAAAUCAGUCACAAAAUCACCUUCUGGACUUCUGGCAGUGACGGUAACAUCCUCUCCCCACAACCAUAAACCCACCGUUAAGACUAUUGAAGAUGUAGAUUGCCUCUUGUGGGCCAUUGGUAGAGAGCCCAGCACAAGGACACUAAAUCUUGACCGAGUGGAUGUGAAGACAGAUGAUCUAGGUCACAUUGUAGUUGAUGAGUUCCAAAAUACCAGCAGGAAGGGGAUCUAUGCUCUUGGAGAUGUCUGUGGAAAAGCGCUUCUAACUCCAGUUGCGAUAGCUGCUGGAAGGAAACUGGCACACCGGCUUUUUGAAGGUAAAGCAGAUUCUAAACUUGACUACACCAACAUUCCUACAGUGGUCUUUAGUCAUCCACCUAUUGGAACAGUUGGACUAACAGAAGAGGAAGCCAUAACUGUAUAUGGGAGAGAGAGUGUAAAAACCUAUACAACGUCCUUUAUUCCAAUGUACUAUGCUGUAACAAAAAGGAAAGCAAAGUGUGUGAUGAAACUUGUUUGUGCCAAUAAAGAAGAGAAGGUGGUAGGACUUCACAUGCAAGGCCUGGGGUGUGAUGAAAUGCUCCAAGGAUUUGCAGUGGCUGUGAAAAUGGGAGCAACCAAAGCUGACUUUGACCGGACCGUGGCUAUCCACCCAACAUCUUCAGAAGAGCUGGUUACGCUACGCUAAAAAGCGAAACAUGGCUGAAGCACGAAGACAUAUUUUUCACAGAAGCUGAACGCUGCAGCCACUGCGGCAUUCUACAAAAUGUCAACAUUCAAUAAAGCCAACAUCAAGUGCUUUUAAUGUGUUGCCAAGCAUAUGGGGUUGAAAAGAGGAAAGUGUAUGCUUCAGCAACUUGUUAGGAUCAAAUUUACUCACAUCUAUAUGAUUUCUAUAAAAACGAACUGUAAAACAAACCUUACCCACUUGCAAAUACAUACUGAUAGUAUACAUUAAAAUAACUUGUGGAAACGUUU